CAUUUUCUGACGCAAAGAAUCGGGACGUUUCCACACGUGCGGAGAUCGAGGUUACAAAACUUCUGUCAAAAUGUUUACUUCAGCAAGACACACUUCAAGAUCAUUGAAGAAGACUUUCGGAACACAUCAGGCUAGAAUGAUUUCAAAUAUAUGCAAAAAGAUUCUGGCUGGAGAGAUCAAAUCAAAAAGUGGUCUUUACUUGCUUCCCUCUAGAUUGAGGUCUGACAAAGUUAAAGGCCAUGUUAUCGGCAUUGACUUGGGUACCACAAACUCAUGUGUUGCCAUCAUGGAGGGGAAGACGGGGAAAGUGUUGGAGAAUGCUGAAGGUGCCCGCACCACCCCCUCUGUUGUCGCCUUCACCAAAGAUGGGGAACGGCUUGUAGGAAUGCCAGCUAAACGACAGGCAGUUACAAAUGCUGCUAAUACUUUACAUGCAACAAAGCGUCUCAUUGGUCGCAGAUUUGAAGACAAGGAAGUCAAAAAGGACAUGGAGACGGUACCAUACAAGAUUGUGCGAGCGAACAACGGUGAUGCCUGGGUGGAGGCCCAUGGAAAGACUUACUCUCCGAGUCAGAUUGGUGCAUUUGUCCUCAUGAAGAUGAAGGAAACAGCUGAUAACUACCUUGGGCAGCCAGUAAAGAAUGCAGUAGUCACAGUCCCAGCAUAUUUCAAUGAUUCACAGAGACAGGCCACCAAAGAUGCCGGUCAGAUCUCAGGUUUGAAUGUUCUUAGAGUGAUCAACGAGCCCACAGCUGCUGCUCUCGCUUACGGCAUGGACAAGACGGGUGAUAAAAUUAUUGCUGUAUAUGACUUGGGAGGCGGCACUUUCGACAUUUCCAUCCUGGAGAUCCAGAAAGGCGUGUUUGAGGUGAAGUCGACCAAUGGUGAUACGUUCCUCGGUGGAGAGGACUUCGAUAAUGUGCUCGUGAGCUACCUGGCUAAGGAGUUCCAGAAAGAUCAAGGUAUAGAUGUGACGAAGGACAACAUGGCCAUGCAGCGACUGAGAGAGGCAGCAGAGAAGGCUAAGAUUGAGCUCUCCUCCUCGCUGCAGACAGACAUCAACUUGCCAUACCUAACGAUGGAUGCUGGCGGCCCAAAGCACAUGAACAUGAAGUUGUCCCGUGCAAAGUUUGAGAGCCUUGUUGAUGACCUUAUUAAACGCACUGUUGGCCCAUGCAACAAAGCUCUGCAGGAUGCCGAGAUCAAGAAGUCUGAUAUUGGAGACGUGCUGCUGGUUGGAGGAAUGACCAGGAUGCCCAAGGUACAGCAGGUUGUACAGGAGGUGUUUGGCAGAGCUCCAGGCAAGUCUGUCAACCCAGAUGAGGCCGUUGCAAUGGGUGCCGCCAUCCAGGGUGGUGUUCUAGCAGGUGAUGUGACUGACGUGUUACUCCUGGAUGUGACCCCGCUGUCCCUUGGUAUUGAGACUCUCGGUGGAGUGUUCUCAAGGCUUAUCACCAGGAACACCACCAUCCCCACCAAGAAGUCACAGGUGUACUCAACAGCUGCUGAUGGCCAGACGUCUGUUGAGAUCAAGGUUUUCCAGGGUGAGAGAGAAAUGGCUAAGGACAACAAGCUUCUUGGACAGUUCAUGCUGAGUGGUGUCCCCCCUAUGCCACGUGGAGUGCCCCAGAUUGAGGUGGUAUUUGACAUUGACGCUAAUGGCAUUGUCAACGUGUCCGCCAGGGACCAGGGAACUGGCAAGGAACAACAAAUUGUGAUCCAGUCAUCUGGUGGUCUGUCAAAGGACGAGAUAGAGAACAUGGUCAGGAAUGCAGAGAAAUAUGCCGAGGAGGAUGCCCAGAGGAAGGACAUGAUCGAGGCAGUGAAUGCAGCAGAGACCAUGAUCCACGAUGCUGAGGCUAAAAUGAAUGACUUCAAGGAACAGCUUGACCAAGACCAGAGUGACCAGAUGCGCAAGGACAUUGCUGCGAUGCGUGAAGUGAUCGCCAACAAGGAUAGCGAGACACCAGAAUCAAUCCGCACCAAGCUGAAUGAACUGCAGCAGUCAACACUUAAACUGUUUGAGAUGACAUACAAGAAAAAGAUGGCCCAAGAUCAGCAGAAUCAGCAACAACAGGGUGGCAGUAGCGACAGCAGCAGCAGCGACACCACUGACGAACAGAAGGAAAAGGAGGAGAAGAAGAACUGAGCUAUCACAGCUGAUGUAGACUGUCUUGUCAUUGUUCAGUGAUGGCUUGUGUGUUAUCUACAUUGUAUGCUUCAUCUUUAUUAAUGCAAUGUUAGCCAACUUUGAUAAUGUUGUUAUGGAUGUUAUUCAAAUGAUAAUUAUAUUCAGUCAUAUUUUGUAUGAUUGUCAUUGUUGCAAAUAACCAAACUAAAAACCAUUGUUAUAUUUAAGUGGUAAAAAUACGGAGAUUCAGUUGUGAAGAAAUUAUUGGUAAACUUGUUAGACAAAACCAAUAAUAAAAAGGUGAACAAAAUUGGUCAAUGAGGCACAAUUGUUGGAUUACUAAAAGAAGAUACCAAGCGGCAUUAAAAAUAGGUUUAGGUACCUUCUGGUAUUAUCCCAGCAAAUGGAUCAUUUGCUUGGUGUUUCCUCACAAACCUCGCAAAAACAACCUCGACUCUUGACUCAAAAUUAUUUUUAAUCUUUCGGGUGGUCAUAAAUUUUUUUCUUUUAUUACAGUAAAUAAUUCUUGGGAAGUAAUAACAAAAAAUACAUCCAAAAGAUAGGUGAGGGGAAAAACCAACCAAACGAUUAAUUGUGACCUGAAUUUGUGUGUAAAAUAGUGUAAAUUAAUGUAAUCAUGUUAAUAGUAAUGUGAAGUAUGUUUUUCAGUCACUAUGUUUUCAUUUAUUUGUCAUUUCAUUUCAUUGUAGAGACUUUAUUACUAGGAAUGCAUGCAUUCUGUUUAAAACUGUUCUGAUAAGUUUAUUUAAUAAGUAGGACCUCUCCAUUUCAUAUUUAAUAGUUGAAAACUUGUUUCAUUGUUUCGAAUACUUAUUAAUCUUGAAAAUAACUCGAGUUCCAAUUUAACUUCUAAUAGACCAUGGGAAUAAUUAGAAAUUGUGUGAAAACUUGAAAUAAAUUUAUUAUCCA